GGCUUAUUUGACAUUGAGCUUACCGCACCGCCGCACCGCACCGCAUCCCACUUUACCUCCCUACGGAAUGCAGCCUGUCCACAUUCCUGUCUCCCCACGCUUCGCCUUGCAUUUAUUACUUGGUGCACUACAAAUCGCCACGCUUUUGAGACCUGUGUCUACAACUCUCCUCACCGUUGACCCAAACGUCAAUUCUCUAACAUCUUGCUUUCCUCAUGGCUGGCCGCUUUGUGCGCGCGUCGAAAUAUCGACAUGUCUUUGGCAAAUCGACGCGAAAGGAGUUCUGCUACGACAACCUCCACAUCAGCCGCAAUGCCUGGGACACCAAUCUUAUAAAGGCCAACCCCGAGUAUCUGGCCGUCAAUUGGGAAUCCAGUGGUGGUGGCGCCUUCGCUGUCAUUCCCCUCAACGAGCGCGGAAAGCUUCCCGACCAGAUACCCCUUUUCCGAGGUCACACUGCUGCCGUCCUCGACACGGACUGGAACCCGUUCAACGAUAGAAUCAUUGCCUCAGCAUCUGAUGACGCGAAGGUGUUCAUAUGGCAGGUCCCGCAGGGCUUCUCACUCUACAGCGAUGCUGAAGAAGUCCCACACGUUUCGCCCGUCGCCAAGUUGACUGGCCACUCGAGAAAAGUCGGGCAUGUCCUGUUCAACCCCGCCGCCGAGAAUAUCCUAGCUUCGGCUUCGGGCGACCUAGCAAUCAAGCUUUGGGACAUCAGCACGGGACAGGCUCACAUCACCCUCAAGCACCCCGACAUUGUGCAGAGUCUCUCGUGGAGCGCUAACGGGUCUAUGCUCGUCACCACUUCGAGAGACAAGAAGCUGCGCGUUUGGGAUGUCCGCCAGCAGACGCCGGUGCACGAGCAUCCAGGCCACGAGGGAGCCAAGAACAGCCGUGCCGUGUGGAUGGGCGAACACAACCGCAUCGCCACCACCGGCUUCACUAGAACGAGCGAGAGGCAGAUCGGCCUGUGGGAGCCCGGCCGGAAGGACCCCAUCGGCGGGCUCACCUCGCUCGACUCCAUUUCCGGCGUCUGCAUGCCAUUCUGGGAUGACGGGUCCAACUGUCUAUAUCUUGCUGGAAAGGGCGAUGGCAACAUUCGCUAUUUCGAGUAUGAGAACGACAAGUUUGAGUUCUUGUCUGAGUACAAAUCGGGAGACCCCCAGCGUGGAAUUGCCUUCUUGCCGAGGCGCGGUGUUAACGUCCACGAGAACGAGGUCAUGAGGGCCUUCAAGACCGUCAGCGACUCGUACAUUGAGCCAAUUUCGUUCACGGUGCCUCGUCGAGCCGAAACCUUCCAGUCAGACAUUUUCCCUCCGGCAGUUGGUUCGAAGCCAGGUGUUUCUGCCAAGGAAUGGUUUGAUGGAAAGACUGCGCUCCCCCCCAAGAUUGAUCUAGAGAGCAUCUACGACGGGAAUGCGCCUGUCGAGCUCCCCGCUGACUUCAAGCCUUCGACGCCCGCAAUCGGUUCGGUGCCAGCACCUGCACUGGCACCGGCACCUGCCGCCAGAAAGGCGCCGGAGCCGGCGCCCAUUGCCCCCCGCUCACCGCCUGUCGUGGCAGAUCAGAAGGCUUCCAUGUCAGCUGUAGCCAACAAGUUCCAAGACGAGGAUGAAAGCGACGACGAUGAUGCUGAGACGUCAAGCUUUGAGGAGGUCACGCGCCCUGCUCCCCGGGCUGCGGCUCCGAUCCGUUCCAAGCCCACGUCGCCAGUUGUGACGGCCCCUGCGACACAGCCCAAGCCAUCUUCGCCACUCAAGUCGCCUCAGCCCAUUGCGCCGGCGGUCUCGCGCGUCACUCCCCCCGCUAUCUCAACACCCCCAAGCACCUCGGUUGAGGAAUCUCUAGCACAGAUCAAGACUCUCCUCGAGCAGCAGGUCAAGAUCAUCGGAGUACAGAGCGAGAAGAUCAACGCCCAGAGCGAAAUCAUCAAGCAGCUUACCACCGAAGUCGAGACUCUCAAGAAGAAGGUCGGUCCAAUCUCGCAAGACCAGAGCGAGAGGAUCCGACAGCUAGAGCUGGACCUCGAGUCAGCGAGGUCUUGAGCUGGUGGCGGACGGUCGUGCGAGUUGGAAAGGCUGAUGACGGCGGGCGGUUUGUUUAGGUCUAUGAUGGGAGAUGAGUUUUGUCAAGCGUUGUUGUACCAAUUGGUCUUCUCAGGCCAGGUUUUGCGGUGAGGGUCUGAGUCUCUUCGGGCAUGUUUGUGUUCAAAAAGGCAUUAGGUCCAUGAAAAUAUGUCUCGCUCUGUCUUGGGUUCAUUCUAAGGCAGCCUCUCAUAUGGAAAAAAAAACAGAAAUAUCCUCCGUGAUUGCGCCAGCCAGUCUAUUGCCUGUGCUAGUUUUUUUCCUGUGGUAAUACAUGCUCUCUUACAGGGCAGCUUUAAACCCAUUCCGGAAUAAUAUAACGUCUUGUUACCCG